CGAUGCCAAAGAUGGUCCGGAGGAUAAAAACACCAACUGAUGACACACCGUUCCUGGUUCAAUUCCCAGUUAAGGAGAAGGAUACAAGGAUUCAAGAGAGAAGAGAGAGAACGUGUUACUAUAACUGAGCCCUGAGGGUUGAGCUCGCUAGAUAAACCAGCUAGCUUGACGGGCAAAUGGCAGAAGAAAAGAUGAGCUCCGCCUGCCUGGUCCUCCAGCAGCCGUCCUUCAGCGCUGCACCGCGGUGGUCGAGCCCGCUGACGGUGAGCAGCAGCUCGGACACGAACGGCAGCACCCAGACGCCCCUGUGGAGACCUUGGUUAUCCAGCAACACGGAUGGAGAGCGAUGCCCACGGAGCAAGCUGUCCUGUCCGUACUCCAGACCCACAGUGCCAGGCUGCUUCUCAUCAGACGGCAAACCGCAGGCCUUCCAGCACCCUGUCAGGCUUUUCUGGCCUAAAUCCAAGUCAUUCGACUAUCUGUACAGCGACGGAGAGGCUUUGCUGAGGAACUUCCCCGUUCAGGCAACCAUCAGCUUUUAUGAAGACUCUGACAGUGAAGAUGAGGAUGACGAGGACUGGGAGGAGGACGGCGACUCUGAGGAGUGCCUCAAACAGCCGUCUCAUUUCACCUCCUACAACUGAGCGUCACAGAGCAUCUCUGUCUUCCUGUGAAACAGCCGGAGAGACGACUGUUUGCAUUUUGCCUGCAAAAAACGUUUAUACACACUUAGAUUGAUUAACCCUUCAAAACCUGGACUGAUCACUUUUCUUGUGCUGCUUUCAAACGCCUUUCACAAGCACUUAAACCUUUGAACCGAGAGCAAAUUAGUUUCUUUCAUUAACAUGUGGGGGAAAAGGCAAUGAGCAACUUACUAAGAAAUGUUCCACAAAUUG